AACCACUGUUCUGCUCUGUUCCCAUGGGCUGCUUCCUGACUUAAGAGGUCACUCUUGACCUGAUCACCCGCUGGGUUCAGCUGCCACUGACCGCUUCACAUCUGACUCUGGAAGACCCCACUCCAAAUCCACUGUCUUUCCUCCGAGUAUUUCAGGUGGGAUCUAUGCCCUUUCAGCUUCUGCUGGUGCACAGUCAUCGUUGGCCAUGAGGCUUCUUAUGCCUGGGAGCAGCUCUGCUUCUCUGUGCCUCCUUGGAGUUCUGUCCUCGCUCCUGGGCCCGGCCAGCCUCCUUGGUUGCAGUUCCCCUCCCAAGAUUGAGCAUGGACACUACAAGGACAUUAGUGAACUUCUGUCCAUCACCACUGUGGUACAGUAUGAAUGCAAGGAAGGCUAUGUUCUGGUGGGAGCAGCCACAAUGUCCUGCAGGUUCUCAUAUUGGUCAUCUCCGGCUCCUCAGUGUAAAGCUCUGUGUGCAAAACCAAAGAUGCUCAAUGGACAGCUGUCUGUGGAGAAGGAUCAGUAUGUCAGCCCUGAAACCAUCACCGUCCUGUGUGACCCUGGCUAUCGGAUGGUUGGAUCACAGAAGAUCUCCUGCUCAGAGAAUAAAUCUUGGAACCCUCCCGUGCCCAAGUGUGAACAGGAAAUCCCUGAAGAUCGUGAUGUGGUGCUGGCAGGCAGGAAGUUCUUACAGUGUCUUCCAACUCCCAGAGACUCCAAAAUGGCCCUGGAGUUACAUAAACUUUCUCUGCAGAUUGAAAAACUGAAGCAAGACAGAGACAAGGAGAAACUCACUUAACUAUACUUGCACUCCUUCUUGCAAGAAGACAGAUUUGCUUUUCUGUACCAUUCCAGAGAGAGAAAAAUGUCAGUUUAUUGACUCUACCUAAGCCUCAUCAUUUUUUGCAAUAAGUCAUUGGGAAAAAUUUGCUGAUGGGCAUAGUGAUCCUGGAAUGUGGAAUUAUUAAUAAUUUACAUUGUUAUCUCUCUGCUUAAGAUGAGACAUUUCUGGGUUUGCUGAGCUGGCUGAAAUAACUAUCUACCUUUAAGUUUCCUUUUGAAAAUCUGUGUUAUACAAUAUCUGUACCUAUCUACCUAUAAAUGCCAAAAUACCUAUGAAACCUAUCAUAAUAUGUAUGCCUUGAACCAGUUCACUUCCUA